AUGGCAUGCCAUUGGAAUGCGACCGUAGAAGAUUUGGAGGGGAUCCCUUCCAUAAACCUCAGUGGCUGGUGUGUCGCUCUCGUAAACGACCAUCUGAUUAUGAUGCACACCGAACGAUACUCCACUGACUACCUCCUUAAGCACCCCAGCCCAGCGGGCACACUUUUCCACUCCGGCAUCUCAGUCAAAUCCAAGGAGUUUGAUGCCAAGUUUAUGGUGCUCCGCCGGAUCGGCCAACUUGACGUCGCCGAGGACACUGUUAAAGCGGAGCUACUGGAGAAGUACGCCAAGAGCUGGGGAGGCUACCUUGUCAAGGGAGAGGAAAAGGAUUUCUAUAUGAAGGAGAUUGAGGAAGCAAGAGCUGAGCAUGAGCCUGGGCCUGAUGAGCAAGAAGCUGGUGAGAGGUCGACUACUUCUUCUACACUGACAAUAACCACGCGAUUCACGUCCAUUGCAGGUCUGCAAGUUAUUAGUACGUCCACUAUUCUAUGUCUUGCUAUUUAUUUGUAUUAUUGCAGCAAAUAG